AUGGCAUUCGGAGACCCAUGGGGCGACGGAAGCCAGAUUCUGGGUGCCCGACUUACAAGCAGCCUAGGAAAAGGGAAGCAGCCCGCUGCAGACUUCCUACAAAAGCUGGAGCCGAUCGCGAUUGCUGUUCAGCCUGACGCAAAGCCGAGCAAUGUCCAGUCCAACGCUUUUCUGGAGUGCCCUCGUGGCAUUUGGCCUGCCCAGCCGCCAGAUCCCCCAGUGAUUUCGGAGCCGCCGGCUGCGCCGGCUUCCUCCCCCUUACCGGCCGCGCAAUCGCCACCUCCAAAGAUCGAGGUGACAACGGACGCAUCCACUUCUGGGCGAACCGACGAAGAACGCCGUGUCUUGGAAGUGGUGCAGAAGCGCGCGGGCGUGUACGCGGACAAGGGGGCGCACCCCGAGUUCGCCAACGUUUUGCUGCUCACGGCGGCCAACUAUGCAUACUUUGCAAUCUACCAGAACUGGCGAUGCAACGCGGAAAGACAUGGCUUAGACUGGGCCGUGGUUGCCAACGAUGAGGAAGCUUUUGAGAAGCUGGGCGCGGACAGAGCCCUGCUGGCCAUCGGCGAGAAGGUCAGUGGAAUGAACGGCUGGGGAAGCGCGAAGCUAGACAGCGUGGGCAGGAACAAGAUGUUCAUGGUGCUCACGAUCAUGAGAGUUUCAGGAUAUGGAGUCGUGUUCACCGAUGCAGACAACAUGUUUCGUGGUGAUCCUUUUGCACGAGGGGUGCAUCUCGGAGAUUUGAUACGCUCUGAGAAGUACGACUACGUCUACCAGGAGGAGCUUGCCAAAGCGCCUGACAAAGGCCACGUCGUGCCGGGCGACGGGGGCAACACGGGCUUCUUCUACGCGACCCCGCACCGAAAAGCCAAAGUUGUGUCCCUGUUCGAGGAUGUGGUGGCUGAGGUGGACCGUCAACGGGAGGAGGCCUUUAAGCGAAGUGGUGAACGCCUUGGCGCUGAUCAGCCAAUCUUUUGGCAGGUUAUCCAGAAGCUGCGAAGCACUGGUGGCCACUUCGGGCCAGGUGGAUUCAAAUGCGUCCGACUGUGCAAGCACAAUCCAACCUGUGUCGCCCAGCCCGAAGAGACUCUGGACUAUUGCUCCAUGGAUCCUUUUGUGCAUCCAACAGGCUGGGACGAGCCACCGAAGACGCUGGUAACGUAUCACGCAAACUACGCUGCCAAUGAGGCAAAAAUUGCGAAACUGCAAAAGGCAGGCACUGACAAGAACCCGGCCAAUGACUUAAUGCAAGUGAGCGCAAAUGAUGAAGGUCGUGUCUUGGAAGUGGUGCAGAAGCGCGCGGGCGUGUACGCGGACAAGGGGGCGCACCCCGAGUUCGCCAACGUUUUGCUGCUCACGGCGGCCAACUAUGCAUACUUUGCAAUCUACCAGAACUGGCGAUGCAACGCGGAAAGACAUGGCUUAGACUGGGCCGUGGUUGCCAACGAUGAGGAAGCUUUUGAGAAGCUGGGCGCGGACAGAGCCCUGCUGGCCAUCGGCGAGAAGGUCAGUGGAAUGAACGGCUGGGGAAGCGCGAAGCUAGACAGCGUGGGCAGGAACAAGAUGUUCAUGGUGCUCACGAUCAUGAGAGUUUCAGGAUAUGGAGUCGUGUUCACCGAUGCAGACAACAUGUUUCGUGGUGAUCCUUUUGCACGGGGGGUGCAUCUCGGAGAUUUGAUACGCUCUGAGAAGUACGACUACGUCUACCAGGAGGAGCUUGCCAAAGCGCCUGACAAAGGCCACGUCGUGCCGGGCGACGGGGGCAACACGGGCUUCUUCUACGCGACCCCUCGCCGAAACCAAAAGAUGGUGGCAUUUUUCGGUGCUGUCGUGGCUGAGGUCGAUCGGCAGCGGGAAGAGUCUUUCCGAAAGCACGGGGAACGCCUGGGGGCGGACCAGCCGAUAUUUUGGCAAGUGAUGCAACUUCUGCGGGCUACCGGCGGCAAGGCAGGUCCGGGAGGCUUCAGAUGUGUUAAACUCUGCAAUCAGAGCCCGACUUGCCAAGCACCAGAUGAAGACACGCUGCAGUAUUGCUCCAUGGACGCCUUCAUGCACCCCACCGGGUGGGAGGUGCCACCGCCAGAGCGUGUUACGUACCAUGCCAACUACGCUGCGAAUAACGACAAGAUUGCAAAGCUGGAGAAAGCUGGCUUGUGGGGGGCAUGGUCUUUGCGUGGAGGUAGCAAAUACCUACCCCGCAGAAUCAUCUCUGCCUGCGCCGUCUGGGACUUCUACUGCAGACAUGAUCCAGCGGAUGCCGAUCAGGAAGCAGAUGCCCCUACCCACAGCCACGGUAUCACCUUAGAAGCAGUGAAGCAGCACGAAUGCCCCAACCACCCGAGGCUUGAAUGCCUGCGGCGAACCACGCCUGCACUGCAAGAGCUUCGAUACCCCAGCGACGCUGAGUCUCACUUCCAGGAGAUCCGGCAGGCGCUGAGCCAGUGGUUUGAUUUCGCAGCGAAGAAGUUCAUGGCAGACAUGAAGAAUCCGCGGCGAAGGCUAUUGCGGGCCAUGGAUCGAAAACCGGUGGAUUUCGCACUUUCUGGAAGGCCGUACAUUCCGAUCUUCAUGACCUACGUGGACUUGUGGGUCGCCAAUGUCUUUGAAUAUGAAGCGAUGAUAGCAAAGCUGAAGGAGGUCAUCAGGCCCGGCGUCGCCUACAUCACUGUUGUGCAACAUGACACUGGCAUGGUGUCCAGCCGAGACAAGAUUGUCAACCUCAUGAAGGAGAUACCCAAUGUCUUGGUGCUGAGCGCCGGUGGCUACGGGCACGUGCCAAUUCCGCUUUUCAAGCAGCCUGAGGAGCCUCUCUGCAAGCGCUUCUUCAAGAAGAUGGCCAGUUCGGACACGAAUGCGCCCAAGGAAUGGGUCUUUGAAAUCGGAGUUCGAUCGGUGCGAUGCAUCGUGGCUCAAGGGCAAUCGCCUUGCAAGGACAUGCGAAAGAAGAUGAUCAAGCUGGUGAACAAGGAAGCAGACCGCAUGGGCGUGAAGGUGAGAACAGGCUUCGGAAGUGCGGACGAGUGGCAUCAAGUAGCGGGCAACUCGAAGGUGAGCCUCUGCCCACGCGGCUAUGGACGGACCGCGUUCCACCUCUUCGAAAUAUUGCAGCUUGGGCUUAUCCCGAUCCAUGCUCGAAGCUUAAUUGGAGACAGAUAUCAUUGUAGCAUUCUGCAGCCAAAACUUAAUGCUCAAGCUUCCUCCCAAACCUUUCAUGCAGGUUUACCUCGACAUCCCUUGGAUACCCUACGCAGGCCACAUCUGGUACAGAUAAAGUUCCAGACUGCGCUGUAUGAGCCGGAGCUUUGA